AUGAGUAAUCAUCAAGCAGCCAUUGAUAUUGCCAUCUCAUAUUAUAGAUCAUUAGCACCAUUUAAGAACGAAAUAUAUAUUAUUGAAGACGUUUUGCUGUUAAAUAAUAGGCAAGGCGCAGUUAUAUUUAUUGCCACAAUCAAUAUCCUUUACUUUUUAUUUACAAAACUUCGACUCCCUACAUAUUCCAUUAUUGCUUUGUUUUCAAUUAUUUAUCUUGCAAGAUUUUACAUUUACAAAGGAAUUAGAAAUCUUUCGAAAAUGUUUCAAUCCAGAGACUACGAAGAGGCGGACGAUAUUAUUACAAUCCAUCAAAUAAGCAUAUUUGCUGGCGUCGGAUACAUUUUCUUUGGAAAAUUAAUUAAUUAUUUUGAAGAAAGUGUUCUCAACUUCAACCUUGUUACAGUCGCAUACGUUAUGUUUGCCCUUUACUCAUUAUUUAUCAUUACAUACUAUUUAGGCGACACUAUCUUCCUUUGGGUUCUUUUGCAUUGUUUAUUCUUAGUUCCUAUAAUGCUAUACUACAGAAUUGACUUUAAACUAUUCCAGUUCCCAUUUUCUGUUGAAAGAGAGAUUUCGAUUGCAAUUCUUAAAUACGUCGAACAGAAAGAAAAGGAAGAAAAAGAGCAACAAGAAUUAAAAGAGAAAGAACAAAAGGAGCAGGAGCAGAAAGAAAAAGAACAAAAAGAACGUGAGCAAAAAGAAAAAGAAGAAAGAGAGCAAAAAGAGAAAGAACAAAAGGAACAAGAGCAAAGAGAGAAAGAACAGAAAGAAAAAGAACUUAAAGAGAACGAACAAAAAGAACAAGAACAUAUCGAGCAAAAUACGGAACAUAAAGAACAAACUAUUGAUCAAAAAGAACAAAAUGAGCAUGGUCAUGAGCCAAAAAUUCAAACACAAUCUAAUGAACCAAAUACACAACACGUUCAAGAAGAAAUUAAAGGUCAACAUCCAGAAUCCAGCCAUUUACAUAGCGAAACUAAGUAA